GUAAGUAGUCUCAAGUCCAGGAAAGACUAUACAGCUCAAUUAUUCAUCGCCGACGGACGUCGGAUUUCUAAAGGAAAAAGUUUGGAGUAUAAAUUAAGGCAAUCCAGAAUGAAGAAGUUUGUUGUGGGGUUAUUGUUGAUGGUCAUUAUUGUGGACAUGUUUUGUCCAUCUGAAGCUUGGUUGAGGAGGAGGAGGAGGAGAAGGACACAGCGAUGUAACAUUUUAGCGAAACACAAUGGAUGGGAUAAUCAUUUCGACGGAGAUUUGAAAUUCAAAUGUCCUGCAGGAGAAGCAAUAAGGAACUUUCAAUCGACUUACCUUGGUUGUGCCAAAGACCGCGCGUUCGGAUUCCAUUGUUCAUCUAACAAGUACACAAAGAAAAUGGGGAGUUGCAGUUGGUCCAGUUACGCCAAUUCCUGGGACCAGCCCCUUGUUUACACGUGCCCAAACCAUGGUGUUCUGGCUGGGGUUGAAAGUGUGCAUCAUAAUCACUAUGAAGACAGGAGAUUCAAGUUCUAUUGUUGCCAUAGCCGCUUGUACCAUGCCAAUUUCUGCAAAACCAGUGGCUACGUGAACGAUUGGAGAUCUAACAUGAAUUUUUGGGCGCCAUGGAAUCGGUUCAUCGUUGGGGCAAUCAGUUUUCACACCAAUAGUCAAGAGGACCGUCGCUGGAGGUUCAAAUACUGCCAAGUUUACUAGCAGCCUGUAAACCUCACUGCCAUAUGAAAGCGAAACCCAGCAAAAAUGACAAUCUUAACGGCAAAAUCUUAAUUUUAAUGUUAGGCAAUGAUAUUACUAUAAUAUAAUCAUGAUGUUAAUUAAAGUAAGGGGGUAAAAAUAAUGAAUAAUAAAGGUAAACAAGCAUCUAAAACA